UAAACCUAGUGUUUUAAUAGGGGGUGUAGGUAGAGCUCCCUACUCUAGGGGGUAGGGAUAGAUAAUCACAGUCCAUACGACCAUACAAGCCCAACCCAACCCAACCCAACCCAACCCUUAAAAUCUCCAAAAAGUCAAUCAAAUUACAAACAAAUUCAAUUGACAUAAACGUAGAUAGAAUCAUAGAAUCCCCAAAAAUUGUUGUCAACCUUUCUGCUGUUGCUCUCCCAUGGCAGAAGCAGAGAAAAUUCACGUGUUCUGGGAAGAGGGAAUGUUAAAGCACAAUACGGGUCGGGGUGUGUUCGAUUCCGGGGAAGACCCGGGUUUUCUUGAUGUCCUUGAAAAUCACCCUGAAAAUGGUGAUAGGAUCCGAAACAUGGUUUCCAUCCUUAAACGGGGCCCCAUUUCUCCUUCCAUUUCUUGGCAUCAUGGAUCUCCUGCUUCUCUUCCUCAACUUCUUUCUUUCCAUUCUCCAGAAUAUAUCAAGGAAUUGGAAGAAGCAGAUAAAGCUGGAGGGAAGAUGUUGUGUGGUGGAACAUUUCUAAACCCUGGUUCUUGGGAAGCUGCUCUUCUUGCUGCUGGCACUACUCUUUCUGCUAUGAGAUUUAUAUUAGACGGACAUGGUAACAUUGCCUAUGCCUUAGUCAGGCCACCUGGUCAUCAUGCUCAACCCACUCAAGCAGACGGAUAUUGCUUCCUUAACAAUGCCGGUCUCGCCGUUCAAUUUGCAUUAGAUUCUGGUUGUUCUAAAGUGGCUGUUAUUGACAUUGAUGUUCAUUAUGGAAAUGGGACUGCUGAAGGCUUCUAUCGUUCCAAUCGAGUUCUUACUACUUCGCUUCAUAUGAAUCAUGGUUCAUGGGGUCCUUCACAUCCACAAAAGGGUACUAUUGAUGAGCUUGGUGAAGGAGAGGGGUUUGGAUAUAAUAUUAAUAUACCAUUGCCUAAUGGAAGUGGAGAUCGCGGUUAUGCGUAUGCUGUGAAGGAGCUUGUUGUUCCAGCUAUUCGCAAGUUUGAACCGGAUAUGAUUGUCUUGGUUGUUGGACAGGACUCCAGUGCAUUUGACCCAAAUGGAAGGCAGUGCUUGACAAUGGAUGGAUACAGAGCAUUAGGAAGAAUAGUUCGAGGCCUAGCCAAUAUGCACUGCAAUGGCCAACUUCUCAUAGUUCAGGAAGGUGGUUAUCAUAUUACUUAUGCAGCCUAUUGUCUUCAUGCAACACUUGAAGGUGUGCUGAAUGUUCAACUCCCACUAUUAUCUGAUCCUAUUGCGUACUACCCAGAGGAUGCUGAUUUCACUAAGAAGGUCGUCGAUAGGAUGAAGAAAUAUUACACAAUAAAUGUUCCAUUUCUGAGAGAAAUCAUCAAGGAGCAAAAUUGAAGCUGCUUCCUUCUUCAAUGUUUUAAUUACCUCUACUUCUACAGACCAUGUGAAUACUACAUGUAAGUGUUAACUUUAAUUUUGAGGAUUACUGGUGCAGUAGUUGUGUUAUACACCCUAAAAUUUGUGUUUUUUCUAAUGUGAGACAACUCGUGUGUUAUUGAGCAAAUAAAUUGUGGGGUUAAUGGUGAUAUUAUGAUGUGUAUAGCCUUGUGAGUGUUGUAACUGUUUGUAAUUAUACUAUUACAUUGGUGUUAUAUUAUAAGUAAUCACUUGUACUGCAGAUGAUGGUGAGAUUCAUAAAGGACCUCCGAAUUCGUCGUGAAAUAAAAGCCUGAUUUUUUUUUGCAGCAA